GGUGUCGUGCGGCUACGACGACGCUUUACGGCCAGCGGGUCGCGAAGAAGCUGUAGGACUACGCAGACUUGUGAAGGAAAGGGACGCGGCGUUUGGACUAGGCCGCAGCCAUGCCAUUCUUUGAUAUUCAAAACCGGCUGGGCCUCGAUAUCGACAAAUGGAUGACAGUUAUGAGUGCUGAACAACCUUACAAAAUGCCAGCCCGAUGCCAUGCUUUUGAAAAGGAAUUCAUUGAGUGUGCCCAUGGAAUUGGUAUGACCCGAGCCAAGAAAGAAUGCAGACUAGAAUAUGAGGAUUUCAUUGAAUGUUUGCAUAGGCGGAAAACGAUAGAACGCAUGGGAGCAGUCAUGAAGCAGAAGGAGAAGCUAAUGAAAGAAGGGAAGUAUACUCCCCCGCCUUACCACUCAGGCAAGGAAGAGCCAAGGCCUUGACGAGCCAGCCAGUGGUGACAUUGGGUGGCUUCGUUCUUUAUGAUGGGAUGAAAGUAUAUCCCCUGUUGUCCCCUGGAAAUGUAUAUUUCUUAAAACAGACAUCUCCUUCCAAAGGUUAAAAAUCAUCCUGCUUUUCCCAGCCCCAGUUCUCUCUGUACUUUGCCAUUAGGACAACCACCCCAGGCAAGUUGGUGGCAGUGGUUCACCCUUCAGUAUAUGAUCUGUGAUUCUGCCUGUAUCUGAAAAUAGACAUUUUGAAAAGUAAACAUUUACCAGUGUAUUUGC